UUGCUAUUUUAUAGGAAAAUCAUAACUCUAAAAAUUGAAUCUUUUCACAAAAAUUUACUUUUUAAAAAUAACACCUUCAAUUCUUGUUUUUAUGUACAAAGAAAAAAGCAAAUAAUAGGUCUUAGAAAAAAAACUUUUCCUGUACAAUCUUUGAAGGUUAUAAAACGAGCGUUCCAACAGUGCACAGUUGAAAAAGAAGUUGCGACAUUUAUUAAAAUUUCUGUAGACGAAAUCUUAGGACCGACAUGGCAAUGUAUCGUAGGCCGAAGUUUCGGGUCACAUCUUACAUAUGAAUAUUACGCACAUUUUACUUAUGCUAAAUUCACUAUCAUUCUGCUUAAAUGUUGUUAA